CCAUAUAACCCCUUUCCUUCCUCCCUGAGAUCAAACGACAGUCGUCACUUGCCUAGGGCUGUGUCUGUCUCUCUCUCUCUCGCUCUCUCUCUCUCUCUCUCCCUCUCCCUCUCCCUCUCUCUCUCUCUCUUGCCUAGGGCUGUGGGCCGUCGGCGGACAUGGGGAGAUCGCCGUGCUGCGAGAAGGCGCACACCAACAAGGGCGCCUGGACCAAGGAAGAGGAUCAGCGGCUCAUCGCCCACAUCAAGGACCAUGGAGAAGGGUGCUGGAGAUCGCUCCCCAAAGCAGCAGGGUUGCUGCGUUGUGGAAAGAGCUGCCGGCUGCGGUGGAUCAACUACCUGAGGCCGGACCUUAAGCGCGGCAAUUUCUCCGACGAGGAGGACGAGCUCAUCAUCAAGCUUCACGAGUUCCUCGGAAACAAGUGGUCGCUGAUCGCCGGGAGGCUGCCGGGGAGGACGGACAACGAGAUCAAGAACUACUGGAACACGCACGUCAAGCGCAAGCUCCUCGCCCGCGGCGUCGACCCGCAGACCCACCGCCCGCUCAAUGCUGGCACCACCGCCGUGCAGGGGAUGCACACGCCUUCGUCCCCCGUCGUGGCGAGCGGCGCCAGCCCUCACCACCUCGCGGGCGGCUCCAGCUGCUCGCCCGAUGCGAGCGGCCACAGCAGCGACGCCGACGACAGCGUGUCCUUGCCGCCGUCACUGGCGGGGAACCUCGGCGUGGGCAUGAUCGACCUGAACCUGUCCAUAAGCCCGCCCUACCAGCCGCCGCUAAGCCGAAAAGCGGAUGGUGUUCUUAGGACGGGAUACUCGGAGAGGCAGAAGAUAUGCUUGUGCUUGAACCGGCUGGGGUUGCACGGCGGCGAGGGGUGCAGCUGUGAGAUUCGUUGAUGCCUCGCUUCGAGAUCCUGAAGCACAAUAGCUUAUUAGAGAUCGAGAUAUUAGCUUCAGAAAGUCAGAGCUCAGAUUAAUUAGAGAGAGAGAGAUAGAGAGAGAGAGAGGGGAAAUUUAUGUUUUCCCGGAGCAUUUUUGUGUAAGUUGAUCGUAGGAAGUUUUGUGUUUGCCUUCA